AUGCCAUUCGCUGUAUCAUUAUUCACUGAAACAUGUCCCAUUGUAAAUAAAGAAAAUGAUCCCGAAUAUCUUAAUUUUAUUGAUGUAAAUGGAAAGACAGUUCCUCAUGAACAAAGAUACAUAAUACGAUUACUCUUAAUAGUACCGAAUUAUACGAUACUAAAUUGGCUAGCAUAUAUUUUCGUUCGAAAUCGAUAUUCAUUAUUUUUCAUAACAAUAAGAGAUGGAUAUCAAGCAUAUGCCAUAAUAAAUUUUUUUAAUUUAUUAUUGCAUAGUUUAGGAAAGAAUGAUGAUGAACGAUUGAGUAAAUUAAGAUCAGCAAAAAUCAAAUCCAUUAAAGUACCAUUACCAUUUUGUUGUUUAACUUAUAAUCCAAGCGAACAUCGUAAUUUAUUGAAAAGGUUUAGAUUUGGCAUGUUACAAUACGUAUUUAUCGUUUGCACCAUUACAUUCGUUACGUUUGUAUUACAAGUGUUUGGAAAAUAUUGUAAUGAAUCCUUUUCUUUAAGAUUUCCUAAAAUUUAUCUAAUUGCCAUUCAAAGUAUUUCCGGACUUGUUGCUGAUAUUUGCAUGAAUAUGUUAUUUAAACCUGCUCGAAAAGUUUUAAAAGAUGAUCAUCCUUGGUUUCUAAGAAACAUUUGUGUUAACGUGGCAUUUUUCUUGUUUAUCAUAGGUGCCACGUUAGGAUUAUUAAUUUUAUUGGGAUUUAUAAAGGAAACGAGAUACUGGACGGCACAUGAUAUAUCAACGGGAAUUCAAGCUGUAUUAGUAUCAGUAGAGUUUUUAAUAUUAUCCUUAAUUCAAAUGAAGGCAUUUCGCUAUAAAGAUUAUAGACCAAAUUCAAGGAAACCCACUCCGAUAUUACAGGCGAUGAAAGAUUCUUUAAUACCAAUAGAUUUAUUUAAAGAAUUUAUUCAUGCUUCAAAAUACAUUUAUUGUCGCUUGAAAAAGAGACCUCCUCCACAUUUAUGGCCAAAUGAUAGGCCUAGCCCCGAAAAAAAGGGUAUUUGGCAAUAUUUAGACCUGGUGACUGGACAAGUUUAUGAAGUAUGGGAUGAUAAUGAUAUACGUUUUAUACUUUAUCGUUUAUACUAG